AUGAACGAAUUACCAGAAGGUAAUACUAGUAAUCCGUCUACUGACCUUGAGACUUUAGAUUAUCUUCGCGGUGUUAAAUCAUCGACAUGCUUACUUUUACCAAUGACUCCUAGUCCUACACCAUUAGAUUUUAAGCAUCCUCUAUCAGAAGAAAUGAAUGAAGAACCAUUUCUAACACUCGAUGAUAAUCAGAAAAUAGAUCUUCAAAACGCAGCUGAUACUUGUGCUGGAGAUUCUAGUUCAUCUGCCGAUUCUAAUUCUGUUGUACAAGAUCCUGUUAGUGCACAACUUAUUAAUAACAUCAGUAUGUUAGAUUAUCAAACUCUUAGUAAAAAUGGAGAUAUUAUAAUGGGACAGCCUGAAAGUUGCAAAUUGAAUGGAAGCCUGAAUAUCAGCAAUAGAAAGUUACCUAAUUUUGUGAACUGGAAUUGGUGUAUAAUAAGAAAAGUUUUGCUUUGGUUUGUACUCUCUGCACUUAUUGCUUGUUUAGGAGCCAUAAUUGCUAUGGUCAUAAAUAUCCCAAAAACUUGCAAUCCAGAACUUCCCUGGUAUCAGGGUAAAGUAUUUUAUGAAAUUUUCCCAGCUAGUUUCAAAGAUGCAAAUAAUGAUGGUAUAGGAGAUUUAAAAGGUCUUGUGAAUAAAUUAGAUUAUAUUAAAGAUUUAGGUGCUUCAUCUAUUCGUCUUAAUUAUAUAUUUGAAGCCAUUGAUUACCUUGAACAUUAUUACAAUACAACUUCCUUGUUGAUGAUUGAUAGAAGUCUAGGUGUUUUAGAAGAUUUUCAACAAUUAGUAGAUACAGCUCAUAAAAAGGAAAUGGGAAUAAUUUUGGAUAUUCCAGUUAGGAGCAUGGUUGAGCCUCAAAAUUCAUAUACAAACAAUACUUUUGUAUUUUCUAUAGAUCCACAAGAGAACAGUUAUGAUCCAACUUCUGCAGCAAUAGCAUAUUGGUCAAGGGCACAAAAUGUUGAUGGAUUUUAUUUAAAAGACUUGGAAAAAUUUGUAGAUGAUCCUUACUUUGGAAAAUCUCUUCAAGUUUGGAAACAAAUUUUAGGUAAUGGCAAAAUUUUUAUAGCCAGUGAGGAAGCCAUGAAUAGGGCAAAAGGUAGUAGUCUUACUGUCUUGCUAAAUAGAAUUGACCUUAUUGACAUUCAUUUAGAUUUGCAAAAAGGAAUAAAUGGACUUAAAAAUUAUAUUGAUAACAUAAUAUCUGGUGUUCUAUGGGAAAAGCCUAAUCAUCCUUGGGUUCAUUGGAAUAUAGGAAAUAUAAAUAGUGAUAGAAUAUCAACAAAUCAUGAAAAUAAUACUUUAGCACUAACAGCCCUGGAGCUAGCUCUACCAGGUACUGUAAGUAUAUUUUAUGGUGAUGAAUUAGGAUUUGGUGGUUUGUCUAAGAAUGAAAUAGAAGGUGACUUCCAUGAACAUGCACAUGUUCAAAAUUUAGUGCCCAUGAGAUUUUUGAAUGAUACUAAAAGUGAAACUUCCUCCAUUCUACCAUGGAAUUCCAAAUCUGAUUUAGAGCCUAGAUAUAACUACCUAAAUAUUAUAAAAAGCUUAAUAGAAUUGAGAUUGAAUACUCCAACAAUAUAUUUAAGGGCGAUUUAUAAAGAUGGUAAUGUCCUGAAAAAUAUGGAAAUACAUAAAACUGAAGAAAAUCUAGUCGUAAUCGAACGUUGGUAUCCUCGUCGUAACACAUGCAUAUUUGUUGGGAAUCUAGGAAACAUAUCAAUUACUACUGAUCUAACCUCAAUGUUUUAUGGUGGAACAGUUGUCGCUAGUACAAAUACUUCUUUAGUUGGUGAAUUUCUCUACUUUGACAAAGUAACAUUUUCACCUUACUCUGCCAUCAUAUUUAAGUUAGAAAAA